AUGGAUAUUCGUCGAACAGAAAAUAUUGACGAAGUUGUUGACGUCGAUGAAGUCGUUGACGAACGGCUUCCGAAAAUACUCUACCAGCAGAGUAAGCCGUUGAAAGUUGGAUAUAUUGAAGCAGAUGGGAACUGCCUCUUCCGCUCGGUUGCUUUUUGCUUAGCAGGCAGCGAUGAUGAGCACAUUGCUGUCAGGCAAAGCGUUGCGAAAUUUGAAAAGAAGUAUAAUGACCAGUUCCGCGAAAUCAAAAACAUGACAGGACGAGCUUGGAAGAAGCAUCUUAGUGGAAUUGCGACAGAAGGCAAAUGGGCUACGGAGGUCGAAAUUUUCGCUCUGGCAUCAUUAUUGGAAGCAGAUAUUUGGACGUAUUUGGGCGGAAAGUGGCUGCGAUAUAGGCCAUUAUUUGUGGUCGAGGGCGACGGCGCAUUGCACAGUUAG